GGGCCAAGGGCACAGCACACAAGUCUGGCGAGGGUCUGGGUGGAGGGGAGGGGAGUGGCGGUGGGAGAAGAGGAAGCAGCACGUGGCCCAGGGAGCAGCAACAGCCAUCACCAGGCCAUGAGCAGCACGAUCAACGGCAGCAACAGCACGAUCAGUACCAGCAACAGCAGGCAGCCAAUCAGGUUCCAGACAGCGAGGACGCCACCGAGGAGCUUCCCAUUGGUCGGCUGGCAGCGGCGUCACGAGGCGACAGUGGCGGUGGCGGUGGUGGUGGUGGUGUUGCUGGUGGAAGCAACACUGUGGGUAGUGUGGAUGGGAAUGGCAUGGUGACUGGCGGUGCUGCAGAUGUGUCUGCAGGGCGAUUCAUGCCCACUGAGGCAUCCACCCCUGGGAGGCUAGCACCCCAUCAAAGGCAAGGCGCAGAACCACCUCCGCUUCAGAGAGAUCCGGACCGUUGGAUCGAAAAUACGGAGGAUGAAGAGAUGGAGGAUAGGGCAGGGGGGCGUGUUGGAGGGCGUUUGGGUGAGGAUAUCCUGAGCUUUGCCUCACCCAUUCCCACCACCACCCCCAUCAUCCCAUACCUUCCCUGCGACGGACGGACCCUUGUAAUGACGGGCAUGCCGUUGAGCAUGGACUUCAGCAUGCUUGAGAGCAUCAGCUCGCUGAACCGCACGACCGGCGGGCAUAAGCACAUGACGCCGGGCAAGGCGCACCCCAUGGCGCUGUCGUCGCAGCGGCCCAGCAUUCGCGUGUCGCACCUCGACGUCAGCGACGGGUCAAUGAGCAAUCUCGAACGAGCACUCGAAUACGCGAAGAAAAAAGUCGACGACGAGCUUCGCGUGUUCAUUAGCGACAUCGCCAAGCGGCUGAACCUCCCAGGCGCCGCGCCGCCCAGAACGCCUCCCAAGUCGCCCGUCUCUCCCUCUAACGCCUACCCGUCAACGUUCACGUCGUUUCUGAUGUCGCCGGAGUCAUCCAGAUGGGAGCAAGGGGCGCUUUAUCUUAAGGACUUAGCUGAGAAAUGCCUACGCAUGCACGCAGAUGAGUUCGGAUCGGCGUGCGAAGACAUCGUGCAUGAUCUGAACAUGGCGCGGCAGCAGCUUCCCAUGGGAACCCUAAAGCAGCUGCACAUGAAAAUGCUCUUCAUUCUCACGCGCUGCACGCGCCUGCUGCAGUCGCAGAAGGAAGCGGAGGCGGAGACGCCGUACGGGGGAGCGUACGGGGGGCCGUAUAGGGGCGCGGAGGUCUUAGCGACGCCGAUGGUACGUAACCGCCCGCCUGGCUUGCCGUCGACGCUGCGAUCGCAAGCGUCCAUGGCGGCGACUCACUUCUCUUCGUUUACUAAAUCGAAGCCGCUGGAACGUCCCGCAGAGCUCCCCGCAGGUCGCUCCGCGGAGCACUCGGCGGAGCACCCCGCGGAGCUGCCGGAGGAGAAGGCGCGGCUGCAGCGGCAGCAGCAGCAGCAGCCGCAGCAGCCGCCGCAGCGGUCGAUUAUCCGGUGGGACUCGUGCCCCGCGCCGGCGGACUGGCGGGUACGCGACCCCAAGGCGGAGCAGAAGGGGGGAGCGGGGCUGGGGCUGGGCGCGCGCAAGGAUGAGGGGAAGCAGCGGAGCAAGAGUAAGUCGAAUAUGAUGGACGACUGGAGUGCCGCGGUGGCGGAGAUGAGAGGGGCUCUAGACGACGGUCCCCCCGCUCCGCCAGCGGACGCGGAGGUGCACGGGUCCACGAGCGCGCGGGGGCUGCUGUGGGGGCGGGUGGCGGAGAUCCGCAAGGAGGAGGAGAUUCAGCGCGCCUUCCGCAGCCUGUCCGCGCGUGACAAGGCCUCCGUGUCCCGACCGAACGACUCUGCGCCGUCGCUGGCGCCUGCAGCAGCGGCGGUAGCACCGGCGGGAACUGCGGUUCGGGAGAUGGGCGCAGCGGGAGACGCAGAGGUAGCGGCAGCGCUAGGUGCGGCGUUAGGCGCAGCGGGAGGAGCGGAACGUGAGGUUGUAGCCGCCCUUUCCGCGGGAGCUGGCGCAGGGGCAACAGGGACCGGCGGAGCAUGGGGCGAGGCGGGGGACACGAGCAUGGCGGAAGCGAGCAUGGCGGAAGCGGGCAUGGCGGAAGCGAGCAUGGCGGAAGCGAGCAUGGCGGAAGCGAGCAUGGCGGAAGCGAGCAUGGCGGUUCCGCAGGAGGGGAUCAAAGGGAGUGAGGGCAUUGAGGGGAGGAAGGGGGGCCAGGGAGGGGCGCGGCAGGGGCAGGGGGACGUGCGGCGGGAGGGGGAGUCGGAGAAGGCGCACAGACGAGGCGAGGGGCGCAGCAGCAGAGCGUGGGACGUGCGGGUUCCAAGCGGGGAGGACGAGCGCAUGGAGAGCCGGAGGCAUGGUGGAGCUAGAGAACCACUGUCGCCCUCGGGUAAUCACGCAGAGGAUUUUGACUAUUUGCAUGAGAAAGCUAUGAUGAGAUCUGUGUCGGGGCGAAGAGUGCAGUAUAAGUAUGGGUACUGGGGUAAGGGGGAGAACGAGGAGGAGGAGGGCAUGGAUGGGAUGGUUCCGAACGAGGGGGAACAGGAGUGUGUGGUGAUUUGUCGGAUUUGCGAGGAGGAGGUGAAUGUUACACAGUUACAGGAGCACUCGCGGCUGUGCGCGCUCGCGAAUCGGUGCGACUCGGCGCAGUUUUCGAUCGACGAUCGGCUCAGGCGGCUAGCGGACGGCCUGGAUCACAUCUCUAACGAGCAAGUGUCGCGGCUGGGCGCCAUGUCGUUCCAACGAGUGCCGUCCAACUCGUCGUCUGCUGCUGGCGGGUCGGCCUCGUCUGGAGUAACCGCAGGGCUGGAUUCGCAUUCCCAGCAGGUGGGGUCGAUGGGAGUAGGGGUAGGUGCUGCAGGGGCGAAGCAGGGUGGUGGCAGGUUCCUAUCUCCCUUAGGCAGCAGUAUGGUGUCUCAUGCAGACAUGCGCGAGGGGGACGAAGGCGGCGCAGCAGGGGGAGAAGGAGACGGAGUCGGGGAGGGGACGGAUGGGUACGGAGGAGAGGAGCAGCACAUGCGCGGGCAAGACGCAGCAGCAGAGCACUGCAGCAGAGAAAACGGGUCGUUGCACCCGGGCGGCGCAGGAGCCAGCAGCAGCAGCAACGUGUCCAACUGGUCGUACGUGAGCCACCACCUGCAGCAGCAGCAGCAGCAGCACAAGCUGCAGCAGCAGCAGCAGCUGCAGGCAGCAGGCGAGGAGGGCUCCCAAUACGAACCCUCCAUGAGCGCAGUGACGAGCAUGAGCGGCGCCACCUCCACCAGCGGGUUCCUAUCCGCGGGUACGGCCUCCCCCAUGCCCACGUCGCCAGCAGGCUCGGCGGGCACGCGGGGGGACGGCCAGGGGGGGUAUGGGAGCCCCGGGGGCGGGUCGUCGCUGCUGAAGAGCGCUCUGGCGGGAGGCGGGAGGGAGUUGAUGGAGGAGCACAUUCACAUGGUGGCUCAAGAGGAGAUCGCUCUGAUGGACGAUCUGGCGGACAUAGCGCAGGACGUUGCUGAUGUGUCACUGGAGGACGAGAAGCCAGAGGAGCUGCUGCUGACGGACAUGAGGGACCUCACUGACCUGCUCCGCACCAACGACGCGCGCUUCCUCACCAUUGAUGUCUUCGGGAGGCGCAUUACUAAACUGCUGCAGGAGAAGUAUUACCGCCUGAGGGACAUCCUAGAUCAUCACAUGGGCGCAGCAGCGGGGAGUGCAGUGCGGGGCUACGGGGGGGCGGAGGGGGGCGAGGGCAUGGAGUAUGCAGACGAGGACGGGGAGGACGUGCUGCACCUCUCCCGCAGCGCCCGCAGCACCCCGCCCAACGCCUCCAUGGGCGGCGGUAGCAGCAUCGGUGGCGGCGGCAUUGGUGGCUUUGCUGGUGGUGGUGGUCCUGGGGGUGGUGGUGCUGGUGGGGGUGGUGGUGCUGGUGGGGGUGGAGGGGGUGGGGGUGGCGGUGCGUCGUCGUCGGCUUCGGCGGCGGGGAGGGAUCGCACGACGAUAGACGACUUUGAGCUGAUUAAGCCCAUCAGCAAGGGCGCGUAUGGGCGUGUCUUCCUGGCCAAGAAGAAAACUACAGGGGAUCUCUUCGCCAUCAAGGUACUGCGCAAGGCGGACAUGGUGCGCAAGAACGCCGUGGAGAGCGUGCAGGCGGAGCGCAACAUCCUCGCAUCCGUGCGCAGCCCCUUUGUGGUGCGGUGCUUCUACUCGUUCACAUGCCGCGAGAACCUCUAUCUGGUGAUGGAGUAUCUCAACGGGGGCGACCUCUUCUCGCUGCUGCAGAACCUCGGCUGCCUCGAGGAGCCCAUGGCCAAGGCCUACAUCGCUGAACUCGUGUUGGCGUUGGAGCAUCUGCACGCGAGUGGCAUCAUCCACCGGGACCUCAAGCCCGACAACCUGCUCAUCGCAUACGACGGCCACAUCAAGCUGACGGACUUUGGGCUCUCUCAGAUGGGACUCUUCAACAGCACGGGUGACUUUGCCAUCGGCCCUCUCGCCACCACAGGCCCCUCCGAGCCCCCCUCACCCAACGUCACCGCUGCCGCCGCCGCCGCUGCCGCCGCCGCUUCUGCCUCCGCUGCUGCUGCAGCCGCUGCAGCUGCCCUCUCCGCCUCCUCCCACCCCCCAGCCGCCCUCGGCUUCCCCAAAUCCGGGUCGAUAGAUUCCGGCGCGUCAGUCUCUGCCUCCAUCCCCACGUCGCCCCUCUGGGCGGCCGACCGGGCGGCAGACUUCCCGCACGCGCCGUCCGGCGCGUCGUCCCGCCCGUCGUCCUCUUCCGGCCGCACGUCGCCUUAUUCGGGGGUUCCGGGCGGCGCGGGGAUGGUGGGUGGGGGAGGGGCGGGGAGUGUGGGAGGGGCGGGAGGUCGGGGGGGGAUGGGGGGAGGAUCGGCGUCGCCAGCGUGGAAGGCUGAGGUGGAGUCGCUGCAGGGUGCCGGGCGGAGUGCGUCGGCGGAUGUGGAGAAGAAGAAGGAGCAGACGGUGGGCACUCCGGACUAUCUUGCUCCGGAGAUCCUGCUCGGCACGGGCCAUGGCGCCACAGCGGAUUGGUGGGCGGUGGGAGUGAUGCUCUUUGAGCUGCUCUGCGGUGUGCCCCCCUUCAAUGCGCCCUCCCCAGAGAUCAUAUUUGACAACAUUCUGAACCGGGACAUCCCAUGGCCUGAGGUGCCUGAGGAGAUGUCCUACGAGGCCAUGGACCUCAUUGACAAGCUGCUGCAUCCAGAGCCAUCGCUGCGGCUGGGAGCGAGGGGAGCGGAGGAGGUGAAGGCACACCCCUAUUUUGACGGCAUUCGCUGGGAGACGCUCGCGCAGGAGCAGGCGGCGUUUGUGCCAAGCCCAGACAGCCCACACGACACGGGGUACUUUUUGACACGUGGGUGGCAGCAGGAGCAGGGCGGCAUGGACGGGGGAAACAUGGCGAUGAAUAUGGGCGAGAGCGAGAGCGCCAGCAGCGACGCCUGUAGCAGCACGUCUGCAGACGACUUUUACCAGGGCGAACAGGGGGACGAGCCCGGAGACAUGAGGAACUUCUCAGACAAUGUUGCUGCUGCCUUCACCAACUUCUCUUUCAAGAACCUCUCACAAUUGGCUGAGAUCAACUACGAGUUCCUAGCCGCAGCUGACCGCUGCUGCUGCUGGGGCGAGCAGGUGCUGAACUGGCGAGGGAGGGACAGAGAGGUGCAUAUAAGAUUGGAGGGGUAG